AUGGCCGUCGUCUACCGUCGCAGACGCUAUCACUGGCCCGAACUGCAACUCAACGUCUGGAUCCUCAUCGUGCUAUCAUCCUCGGCCAUCUGCAUGGGCAUCUUUGCCUGGCUCAUGUCGGUACAGUCCGAGAUGCGUCUGGGUACACCAUGGCUAUUCCCGUUCAUGGUCGUCUCCGGCGCCCUCGGCAUCUUCUUCAUCGUGCUCAUUCUCAUCCUCGCCGCCCAGCGCUUCCUGCUCCCCGGCAUUAUCCUCCUGGGCAGCUUCAUCCUCUUCGUCCUCUGGUUGACCGGCUUGAUCGAGACCUCGUUGCAGUUGUACGGCGUGGUCGCGAACGUCAAUGAUAAUUGCCAGAUCUAUAUCGUGGAUAAUCGCGCCGGGGGGAAUAAUAUGCAGACCUUGGCGUGGUUGACGCAGAAGACGAUUUGUGAUUGCUGGAAGACGGCAUUUGCGUUCGAGCUGGUCAAUACCAUCUUCUUUUUGUGGAUGAUGAUCAUGUCGUGGCAGGUUAAUCGGGAUGUAUAUGAUUGA